AAAAAAACCUAUAAAUACUCCUAAUCUUAAACAUUUUUUCAUAUCUCUUCUCCAAUUCUUCCUAAAUCCUAUUCUUAACUCUCUACUCUCUAAUUCUCUUAUUCUCCAUUCUCCAAUAUAUUAUAUUUAUUAUUUAUAGUUUAUAUUAAUUAUCUAUUUAUAUAAACUAUAAAUAGUAUUAUAUUACUUAUAUUUGUUAUCUAAUUAUAUAUUACUUAUAUAUUUAUUAUAUCUAUUAAUAUAGUUGGAAUUAUAUCUAAUUAAUUUGAAGUCAUUCUAUUACUCCCAUCCGAAAGACCGAAAGUCCGAAAGAGAUGGAUCGUCCUAGAUAUUCGGUUGAUAUGGGUAACCUCGAGCGCAACCGAACGAAAGAGCUUGCGAGGAAGAGAUCCCGCAAAGGUAAAUCACAUAUCGGCUCUUCAUCUCAAAGUCGAGAUGAUUUUGAUACGGGUUACGUAAGGAGGGAUGGGGAUGCGAUGACCGACGAACAACUAGAACAAGAAUUGCACCGACAUAAUUCCCGCUUUUUUCAAGACCAACCGAGGACCAUUGACGAAGAAGAGCUCGAGGACGAGGACGACGAUGUGGAGGAAGCAAUUCCGGAGAGCCACGACGACGAGGAGGAGGAGGGUGGCGGCAGCCAUGACGCCGACCAAGCAGCCUCAUCCCAAACAUGUACAAAAAAAAGUAAAUCUGAAUUAAUGGCUAAUAAUUUUUCUAAGUGGAAGGACCUGAACACCGGGAAUUGGACCGCAACUUGCAAUUGGUGCAAGAAAAACUAUAGCUUGGGGAUUUCCGGCGGAUACGGAUCCGCCACAAGACACCUUAAGUCCAAACACCCGGUGGAGAAUGCUGAUUAUGUGAGUUAUUUUGCUGAUUUUAUGAAGGAAAAGUUU